UUAAAAAGAGAGAUCUGCAGUUCUAUUGCAACAAUGAAACUUCUUGGACUUUUGGUGUGCUUGGUUGGCGCCGUUGCGGCUGCUCCCCAAAAGGAUUACAUCGAACUAGCCCGCGGAGGACGCGUGGUCGGUGGAAUCAACGCUCUGCCCAAUGAAUUCCCGAGCAUUGUUUCGGUUCAGCGUUUGAUCCUGACCCUGUCAGCUCACAUCUGCGGUGGCAGCAUCAUCAACGAACGCUGGGUCCUAACCGCUGCUCAUUGUAUUACUGAAUCGCCUGAGACCGCCCGUUUCGCCAUUUGGGCUGGAUCGCACGACAUUACCGCCACGGAAACUAACCGUCAGAUGAUCAAUGUGGAUGAGUCUAUCGUCCAUCCGGAAUACCUCGGUGGAGUUAAUCCAUCCGAUGUGGCUGUCAUGCGCCUGACCAGCUACUUGAACUUCAACGCUUUCGUUCAAGCCGCCACUCUGCAGCCAUUUGGCUCACACGCGCAACCAGGACCAGCUACUCUUGCCGGAUGGGGAAGCACUUCCAGCACUACCGUUCCAUCAAUGCCAGCCAUCCUGCAGAAGGUCGUCAAGCCAAUCAUCGACUACGAAACUUGUCUGGAGGCCAACGGAGGACCGGGUGCCAGUCCGUUGGGCGAAUCCAACGUCUGCACUGGACCACUGACCGGAGGUGUCUCUGCUUGCUCCGGAGAUUCCGGCGGCCCACUGUACGUAAUUGAAAAUGGCGUACAGACUCAGGUCGGUAUUGUGUCCUGGGGAUGGAUGCCAUGUGGAUCGGUUGGUCGUCCAUCGGUUUAUGUUGGUAUUUCUCACUACCGUGAUUGGAUCGAUGCCCACGCCGUGUAAAAGGUUUCGUAUGCAAUAAAUUGUUUCUCUUUGGAUAAGAUUAA